AUGAGCUCUCCUGACCCUGUGCCUAGUUCGCUAGCGCCCCCUCCACCGCCAGCAGCGGAAAAUGCGAAGACGAUUUUCACGGCAAACGAUUGUGUCAAGAGGUUCGAACGCUAUAUCAAGUUUGAGAAACCAAGGCUAGACGUCUUCUACAAACCGGGCGAAGAAAAGUUACAAGAAUGCUCGAGGAAAGCAGAAGUAAUGAUCCAAGAGCUGCUGAAAAUGGAUGGAUGCACGCCAGAGAUAGCAAGGAAUCUAUCAGCUCUUGUGCUUUAUAACGUGGUCAUGUUAUUAGACGAUAGUUCCUCUAUGGAAGAGGAAGAAGCGGGUGAACGUAUCAACACACUCCAAAAAACGAUGGAGGCGAUAACAGAUGUCUAUGACCAUGCCAACAACACUGGUACAGUUUUGGAUAGGAAGAUUAUAAAGAGAUUCGUGUUCAAGAGUCCGAUGGAAAAACCACUCCUGAUCAUGAUAAUCACUGAUGGAGGGAUUGAAGGCGAGAAAGAAGAGCUAUUGAGAACUGUUAUAAAUACUUGCGUUCAGAAAUGCAAGGACGAUCCCACCAGAGGGGAAGAUGCUGUGGCAUUUCAUUUUUCACGUGUAGGGAACGACGAUGGUGCAGAAAAGCUUCUGAGAGAUCUGGAUGUUCGUGGGGGAAAGCAUGUUGAUUGUCUACCAGUGGAAAAAAAGCUCGAGCACAUCGAUGGUGUACAAAAGUGGAUUGUGUUACAUAAACUUCUUCUAGGGGCAUUGAUGGAAGAUGUGAACGAUGACGACAAAGAGCAUGUGGUGGAUGGAAACGUAGGGGAUAUGGCUGCGAAAAGUGAGGACGACGACGAAUACGAAGAUGAUUAUGAGCUCCCGGCUGUAGCAGCAACCUCAUGA